UUUCCGUUUGGCCGGUUUGGGGUUCUCUGUUGGCCAGGGUUUAAAAAAUCGGUGAAUAAGAUUGGGAAUCGUUUAAUUCGAUCAAUGGCGGAUUUCCGUAGUUUCGAAUCGGAAUAUUCCCACCAAUGGCCGAUUCUAGGGUUCUUGAGGCCGAUCUGAAUCGAAAUCGGCAGAGACCAAUUCCAUCAACCGAUUCUCUAGUGGUUCUCCACCAGUAUCAUCAAACCCAGCAAAAGCUUGUGUAAAAGAACCCUCGUCAGCAGCAGCAGCGUCAUCAUUCUCCUCAUCUGAGAGAGGAACAUCCUCAGCAUUUCCGGCUGCAUUAUCACCACAUGCGUAUGUCUCCCUAAAUACCAUUUAAAGUUCUUCAAGCCCUCUGAUCGAAGCCACCGAAGGAAACCACUGCUAAUCCAUUGCCAAAGCCCGAAAGGAUGUUGAUUUGGCCGCCAUUAUUGGCUUCAACGAUCAAUCGGGAGGUUUUUUGUCGCGAAAAUUGUUAAUUUGUUGCUCUCUGUUCUGUAUUGUGAGCAAAAUAACAUUCAGGACUGAUUUUGUUUGACGGAAGGACCACGCUACUUGCCGCCAUAGUUGACUGCAACGACCUUCGGUAAUGAUCUACCAAAGGUAAUCAGUUCAGGAUUGGGGGAUACUUAGAUUCUUUAAGAGGUGUUAAUAGAUGAAAACAAACGGUUCAUUUCUGACCUCUCUAUCAACCGCUCCAGAAGAUUUAAUAAAAUCGAAUAACCACUUAUUAUUAUCAAAAUUUCCCAAUCCUCAAACACCAUUGCUUGUGAACUAUUUUUUCGCGACAAUAUAGACUGAAUGGAAAUCAGGGUUUCUUCGCAUUAAUUGGAAAUCCCAAAAACAAGCCCCUUACCCUCCUUAUAUCCCUGGAUAAGCAUAUUUUCCAUUCGCCGUUGACACCUUCUCCCUGUCGAAAGUUGUAGGUGUAGUAAUGGAUGGUGAGCAGCCAAGCAGUGGUGACCGUUCAAGGACAAGUUGGACUCCACCAAUGGAUCGUUACUUCAUUGACCUUUUAAUAGACCAAGCACACAGGGGGAAUAGAAUUGGUAACUUAUUCAGCAAACAAGCAUGGAAGGAUAUGAUUUGCUUGUUCAAUGCCAAAUUUGGAUUUCAAUAUGAUACAGACAUUCUGAGAAACCGGUACAAAAGUCUUAGGAAGCAAUACAAUGAUAUAAAGAUCCUUCUUCAACAGAAUGGGUUUUGGUGGGAUGAAACCCGACAAAUGGUAGUGGCUGAUGAUUGUAUCUGGAACGAUUACAUCAAGGCACACCCAGAUUUGCGACCUUACAAAACGAAAAUUGUACCAUUCUAUAGUGAUUUGUGCAUGAUAUAUGGACAUUCAACUGCUGAUGGAAGAUACAGUCUAUCAUGUUAUGAUGUUGACAUUGACAUGGAAGAGAAGGAGAUCGAUACCCAACCCCCUGCCAGUGAUGAUCGUUCAAAGAUUGAUUGGACACCGACAAUGGACAAUUACUUUGUUGAGCUUAUGCGAGACCAGGUGCAUAAAGGGAAUAAGAUUGGUAACACAUUCAAGAAAAGAUCAUGGGUGCACAUGAUCACAUCAUUCAAUACAAAAUUUGGAUUUCAGUACGAAAAGGAUGUGCUGAAAAAUCGGUACAGAGGCUUGAGGAGGCAAUACAGUACUAUAAAGGUUCUUCUUGGCCAAAGUGGGUUUGGCUGGGACAAAACACGGCAAAUGAUUUCUGCUGAUGAUAAUGUUUGGGAUGAUUAUAUCAAGGCACACCCUACUGUGAGAGUGUACAGGAAUAAAAUCAUCCCAUAUUAUAGUGGCUUGUGUGUGAUUUGCGGUGAUGCAACUGUUGAUACAGAGCAAACUCAUUUGGAUCACGAUGAGGAUCUUGACAAUGACAUCCAUAGGAAUGAAGUAUCAUGGGGUCUCGAAGCUUUGACAGUGCCUGUUCACGAUGAAAAUUUUGACAAUGAUAUCCAUAGGGAUGAAGUAUCAUGGGAUCUCCAAGCUUCAACAGUGCCUAUGCAUGAUGAAAAUCAUGUGGAUAAUACACAACAGGAGUCGUUACUUUCAGAGAGGGACAUGGACUCAUCUGAACAAAGUAAGCGUCCACCCGAGAUGCCGUCAACCUCUCUACAUUCUAAAAAGCCAAGGAUGACGUCAGAUGAAGGCAUGGCUGAUGUUCUUCGUGAGAUGGCUGUUGCAGUUACAUCAAUCUCAAGUAAGAAGAAAGAGAAUGAUGACUCCAUUUUAACAGAAAAAGUAAUUGAAGUGCUUCAGGCCAUACCAGACAUAGAUGAAGACCUCUUAUUGGAUGCAUGUGAUCUUUUGGAGGAUGAAGUAAAAGCAAAGACGUUUUUGGCAUUGGAUGCUAAAUUACGAAAGAAGUGGUUGACGAGGAAGCUUCGUCCGUAGUGUUCUUAUUGUAUGUCAGUUUUGGAUGUCUAAGAUCUUUCAACUGCAGUGAUGUACAUUUUUUUUGCCUUGCAUAUUGAGGUGCAUCAAUCAAUUUGAUCACUUGUGGGCUUUGGAUAUUUGUGAUCUAUCAAACUGGCUGGUGAUGAGUGGUGGCUGCUUACCAAAACACUAACUACUUAGUAGAAGCUAGUCGACAGAAUUAAUCAAUUAGUCUCUGAGAGUAUAGAUGACUUGAGGAUGACAAGGAAAUUGGCAACAGAACACUAAUCUUCUGCUUCUUUGAGCAGCGAGCAUCACUCAAAAACUUGAGUGGGUGUCGCUAGAAACUCAGAAGAGGGAGAUAGAGAUCAAUGCAUGGAUCUAAAGGAGACCUGGGUAACUCCUCUAGAUAUAAUCUCAAAUUCAUUGCUUGUUGACUUCAAUAACUUCUUGGAAACAGGCUGUGUACAUUCUUUAUUUGUCCCUCCCAGACCCUGCAGUAACGGGAGCCUCGUGCAUUGAACCACUCGUUGACUUCAAUAACUUCUGCUCACUAUUUUCAUUUCCUGGCAACCUAUUACUGUUAGCAUACCUUUUGUUUACUCUUGAAUUGCUUGAGCUUACCUUAUUUCUUGAAAAUGAAGAUAAUGUUUCUCAA